AACAAAAUCUGUUAAGUUACAACCUUCACUUAAAUGUAUUACCAUGUUAGGUUCCAUAUAUAAUUUGGGAUGUCUUAUAAUUAUGAAACUUUUCAAAGGAAAAUAAAUGCCAAUAUCAUUCAACAGUGUUCGAAUAAAAAAGGGCCAUGAGUUUCAAAAGGAAAAAGAAAAGGAAUAUAUAUAUAUACACACACAAUAAUUACAUUAUGAUUUUCUUACAAUUUACUAUAAAUAGCGAGGGUCAUUAAUUAAAAACUUUCCUGUUUCUGGCUAAUGAUAUUGACAAGUGUGCAAUUACACAAGAACAUAGCCUUUUGUGUCUCAGGCAUCUCCAAUUUGCUCUACUUCCAGCAUUCAUUCUUUUUUUUUUUUUUUUUGAUUUUGCUUUCUGAAGAAGAGACGGAGAAAGGACGCAAUGUUAUUUGUGCGUGAAUUCUAUUUGCGUUAACGGUAUAUAAAGAUAGAUAGAAAGAAAUAAAGAAGGAAAUGAAGAGAGAUGAGGAUCUUGGUCGUGACCGAGGAGAUGACUUCCAAACGGAUGAUGAAGAAAACCUGGCAGAAAGGUCAUGUGAUAAUGGAUAUGAUACAUAUUCAGAUAACUCAACUCCUCCUUCACAUAACUUAUCAGCUUGUAGUAUUGAGGGUAGUAAUCCAUCAUGGCCUCAGAGUUACAGGGGGUCAAUAGACAUGCUUACUAGUCCUUCAAUCAGCUUUAUGCAAGGGACUAGUCUGGCAGGCAUAACCAGUUCCUUAACUUCAAUGUGCAAGAGACGUUUAAGUCCUGAAUCUGCUUCUUUCCUAACUAAACCUCUCAUCUGCCACCAGAAUUCUGAGAAACAAGAAGUCCCAACCUCAACAUUACCACUAAAGUCAUCUGCAUCUUCUCAAUCAAAAUUCUCCCUCAAUGAAUUGACACAAACAAAUAAAGAAAGUUCAUUUGCCCAAGCAGUCAUAAAUGGAAUAAAUAUUCUAUGUGGCAUAGGACUCCUUACAACUCCUUAUGCGGUCAACGAAGGAGGAUGGUUAAGCCUCUUGAUUCUGGCACUCUUUGGCUUCCUCUAUUGCUAUACAGGGAAAUUACUGAAGGAUUGUCUAGAAAGCACACCUGGACUCCGAACUUACCCUGAUAUAGGGCAGGCUGCUUUUGGAGUGGCUGGUCGCCUGACAAUAUCAAUAAUGUUGUAUUUUGAAUUAUAUGCAGCCUGUGUGGAGUAUGUGAUUAUGAUGAGUGAUAACUUGUCAACAUUGUUCCCAAACACAUUCAUGAGUCUUGCCGGGAAAAAUCUUGAUUCUCAUGAAAUCUUUGCUCUCAUAGCUACUAUUGUUGUUCUUCCAACUGUCUGGCUUCGAGAUCUUAGUUUGCUGUCUUACCUUUCAGUCGGAGGAGUUGGUGCAUCAAUAUUGGUGGCUUUCUGCUUGUUAUGGGUUGGGACAGUGGACAAAGUCGGAUUUCAUCACAAUGGAACAGCUUUAGACCUUGCAAAACUACCUUUUGCAGUUGGUAUAUAUGGUUAUGGUUUCUCUGGCCAUGCAGUGUUUCCAAAUAUUUACUCCUCCAUGAAAGAGCCAUCUGGCUUUACAUCAGUUCUAAUUAUCAGCUUCAUUUUUUGUUGGUUUAUGUAUACUGGAGUAGCAAUAUGUGGCUUUUUGAUGUUUGGGGACACCAUCAAAUCUCAGUUUACAUUGAACAUGCCCACAGAACUUAUGGCUUCUAAGAUUGCAUCUUGGACAGCAAUCGUGAACCCAAUGACAAAGUAUGCCCUGACAAUGACACCUGUGGCAUUGAGUUUGGAGGAACUCAUGCCUUCAGGUUGGCUUAGAUCUUACGGUGUAUCAUUAAUCAUCAGAACAAUUUUAGUAAUGUCAACUUUAGUUGUGGCACAGAGAUUUCCAUUCUUCGGUUUUAUGAUGGCCUUUAUUGGAUCUUCACUUGCAAUGCUUUCUGCUGUUAUAUUCCCAUGCGCAUGUUAUCUCCGUAUACUCCAUGGAAAAUUAACUAAGUUGCAGAUUGCUGCUUGCCUUUUCACCAUUACUGUGGGGCUGCUAACUGCUUGUCUCGGUACAUAUUCAUCGGUAGCAAGAAUGGCUGACAAGUUAGUAUGAUGGAAAGAAAAUGAAGUUCUCGCAUCUCUAUAUUGGGUGCUGCCCUGUUUGUUUGUGAUGAAAUGACAAAUUCAAACUUUGUUUCUCAUUAAUGAAAAAAGAAAAAAGAAACAAAGCCAUAGGUAUUGCAAUACUAAAAUUGGGACAAAUUUGUACUUUGCUUUUUAAGGAAGCGUGCGAGGACAUGUAUUCGUACGGACAUUGAGAAUGCAAAUUAUAAUAUGGA